CUCCCACUCUGUGCCGUGAGAGUCUUCAAGAGAGAUAAACUAGCUUUCAGAUAAAAGCUUGAUGGGACUUUAGUAUGCAGAAAAGAGGGCUGUUUUAAGGAAAAAAACUCCCCACAGAAAGCAAUAUCCCCACGCCUCCCACACUGCUUCCUCUGUACUGAUUGUCUUGUUUCCUCACACUCAUCUGAUCGCACUUCAGGCACGGGACAGCAUGACUAGCGGAUACAAGGACGGGACACCUGAAGAGGAAUACGCUCACUCGCCGUUCAUCAGGAAACAGGGGAACAUUUACAAACCAAACAAUAAAGAAAUGGAUAACGACAGCAUCAACGAAAAGACACUUCAGGAUGUUCACACCAAGGAGAUUGACCUGGUCAACCGGGACCCAAAACAUUUAAAUGACGACGUGGUGAAGGUGGACUUUGAGGAUGUAAUCGCCGAGCCUGCCGGCACGUACAGCUUCGACGGCGUGUGGAAAGCGAGCUUCACCACCUUCACAGUAACCAAAUACUGGUGCUACAGGUUGCUGACAGCGCUGGUGGGCAUCCCGCUGGCGCUGGUAUGGGGUAUCUUCUUCGCCAUUCUCUCCUUCAUCCACAUCUGGGCCGUGGUACCAUGCGUGAAGAGCUACCUAAUCGAGAUCCACUGCAUCAGUCGAGUUUACUCCAUCUGCGUGCACACCUUCUGCGACCCGCUCUUUGAGGCCAUGGGGAAAUGCUUUAGCAACGUCCGGGUCACUGCUACUAAGGUGGUGUAAGGACAGGGUGAAGGAGAAGAGCCAGAGGGAUUGGGUGGGAUGGGGGAAUGGAAACCAAUGUCCAAUGCUGGGAGGUAAAUCAAACGUAGCCUCUGUAAUAAAGAGGAAACAAAAAAUGUGAGCAGAAGUGAAGGGUUGACUCUCCAUUCCUGUUCAAAUGCAUCUGUGAGAUUUGUCUGCUCAGCUCUGGAUUUAGGGGACGUGUGUUGAAAAUCUCUCAUUUUCUUUGUCAUUUGUUAGCAUUUAUCAUUGUAGGAAUACUGUUUCAGCCUUACUUUUAAAGAGACAGUUCAUGGAAAAAUGCUAAUUCUGUUAAGUGUUUACUGACACUUGUGUCAUUCCAAAUCGUUCAAGCUCCUAAAGUGCAAUGAUAGUGGUUUAUAUGACUAGUGUGAUAAUUCUAAGUCUGUCAAAUAUGGAGAAAUGCACAUUGACCACUUUUAUGGUACUUUGAGGGUCCUAUUUUUUCAUUUCAAGGCAUGGAGCUUGACUAUCCUCAUAUGUAAUGGAAUUUUUAGAAAAGCCAAUGCUUGAUCAACUUGAAUAUCUUUCAUGAAAUUCCACAUUGCAUAAAUCUUAUUGAAAUAACUGGAUUUCAGGCACAAUAAUUUGCUGAUCAAAUAGGCGUAAGAGUUUGGAAUGAUAUUAGAUUCACUAAAUAAUGACAGAAUUUAGAUUUUUAAGGUGAACUGUCCCUUUAAGAUUUGCCUGCUGGGACAAGGCUGUGAAUUUGUGUUUUUAUUUUUGGGUUUUGUUUGUUUUAUCCCAUUUCUAUCACUGACACAUCCAUUUAUUCGGUCCAAAAAUAGUUGUGGUGUGUAAACAUUACAUAGUAGAUUCCAGUAGUUUUGCUAUGUUUAUCCUUUAAUUUGGGUACUAUCGCCCUUUUUUUGUCAUCACUGGAUUUUAUGUAAUCCAGAUAUUUUUUGUGUGUGUUUUUGGGAGAGGGUUCAGGGAAUCUGAACAAAUUUUAGAGGAAAAAAAAGUAUGCGUGGCCCUGCUGAUGUCAAGACUGCCCGUCACACUGCAUGUUGCCACUAAAUAUGGUGGACGGCCCAAACACGGGGCCAAAGAGGUGCCCUCACUGAACCCUUUGCCAACUCAGCAUAUACUAACAAAGAGACUGUUCCUGGCCCUGACAUAUAUAACGCUUCAAACCCGGUGCUCAUAGCAACAGCUUUAUGAGUGGUAGAGAAUAUCUUUACAACUUCCAGAGAGACAUCACAUGAAGCUAGCAACUAGCAAAGUCUUCCAGCAGGUCGUGAAGAUUGAACUUUUCUAACACGAAAGCACAUCACCACAGCCUUAACUUACACUUAAACUUUAUUUGCAGUCUUUGAAGAUGAAGAACUUGUUUUAAAUGUUGUUUCUGCUAUUGACAGUGACAUCAUUUGGUGUGGAAAUCCUGUCUGCUUCUUUGUUUAUUCACUGUCAGACACAGAUGCUAGCGCAAACUAGCAUCAAACUAAAGUUUCCAGCAUCAGAGGCUGCUGCUAAAGUGGGGUAUAUAUAGUAUUUCGUACUGACAUUAAGCUCACCUUUUGUCUACUCGCUUUGACUCUGUCACCUCUUCGUCUACCUGCUGUCUUAAGCCCAGUAUAUACUUUGUAUUUUUUUGUGUACAUUUGCAUACACGUAUAGUUGAACACAAAGCCUUUCAAUGUUCAAUUAUGCGUGAUUAUGCAUUUGAUGACAUGUGGGAACACAGAUGCGCACUAUAAAGAGUCCAAACAUUGUAAUUGAUAAAAUCAGGGAUGCACUGAUAUGGAAAGUUUGGCCGAUACGAUAACCGAUAUCUCUUUAUAAUUGGAAAUGUAUCAACUUAUAUGUAACCGAUAUAUCGGUCAUUAAAUAGAAAUCAUGAUUCAAAAUAUUCUCUAUCUGACUGCAAAUAUAGCAAUAACAAAAAAAUAAAAAUAAAAAGGACUGCUGAUUUUAUAUUCUUAUACUAGCUGCCAUUGUCUUUUAUUUUAUUUGAAAUAUAGUUACAUGCUAGUUUCAAAUCGAUAAUCGAUAUAUAGAUCAAAAUUGCAAAAUAUUCUCAGCCGGAUUGCAAAAAUAACAAUAACAAACAAAUAAAAAGACUGCUGACUUUAUUUUUUUAUAAUUAAAAUUUAUUUUUCUUAUCGGACCGAUACCGAUAACAUUGCAAAAUAAGCAGUUAUCAGCUGAUGCCAAUAUGGUGGCCGAUAUAUUGUGCAUACUAGAUAACAUUUUCUUUGUGUUUAAUUAAAACAGAGUUGUAGGGCUCGCUUUAAGCUAAUAAAUGUUAUAUAGGUCGAUAAAUAAACAUUUCGAUCGAAAAUAUUCUCAGCUUGAUUGCAAAACUAGCAUUAACAAACAUUACAAUAGAUUUGAAACAACAGAUAAAUGUAUUUUUUAUCAGGCCGAUAAGGAUAAAAUUGAAAAUAAGCAAUUAAAAAAAUAAUCAAAUCUCCUGCUGCCUUAAGCCAAAUGUAUUGACCUUAUUCUUCAAUGUGGAAGUGCGCUCGUUUUUGUGAUUGUUUUAGAACUUCCGAUUCAGCUCCCUUUGGGAGAAAUGACUAGGAAUAAUAAACCACAGAAAACGGUCAAACUACUUGAUCUACAAACAAGUGUUUGCAUGAAUCUACAAACAAAGCAGAAUCAUAUAAUAAGAAAAUGUCAAGCAGCAGAAUGAGCUGUUUUAACGUCUAAAAAUGAAUGGAAGUGAAUGAGACCGGAAGUCUCGAGCCAAAAAGAUUCAAAUGGCUGCACCCGCUCGUACGCAAAGAAUAAGGCGAAAGCUUUUUUUAUAUGUGUAUGUUAGCAUAUGCACACGGUUGAAUGCCGUCUUCAGUAGUUUGUUUUUCAUUAGUAUUAACACCCUGUGGACAAACUGAGUAGUGCAAAACAUUUCUAAAUACUGUGUAUGUGUAAUUUGUACAAAUUCGUAUGUACGAAAUUGUACGAUUUUAAAAAGGAGGUGUGGCACCUAACCCCACCCCUACACCCAACCGUCAUUGAGGGAUGAGCAAAUCGCACUAAAUUGUACGAAUUAGAUCAAGGGUGAGCAAACUCAGUCCUGGAGGGCUGGUGUCCUGCACAGUUUAGCUCCAACUCUGAUCAAACACACAUGCCUAUAGAUAAUUAGUGAUCUUGGAGACAUUGAUUAGCAUGUUCAGGUGUGUUUGAUUAGAGUUGAAGCUAAACUAUGCAGGACACCAGCCCUCCAGGACCGAGUUUGCCCACCCCUGAAUUAGAUUGUAUGAUUCAUACGAAUUAGCCACUAAAUCAAAAAGUUAAGAAUUGCGUAAGAUUGUUUUCGACUGUCAUGUAUGCAGAAAAACAACGUAUAUUUUGGGCUUCAUUAGCUGUUUACACGGAACACUUUUUUCCUUUUCUCUGCACUACUUUUCAUUGUUUUUCUAAGUAAACAAAAGCUAGACUAUUGCAUGUGCAUCUUUUGCAGUGUCUCAUACAUGAGCAAAUUCUAAAAAUAAGGCACUCGAGUAAAUAAAAAAGCUUAAAGUUGUCUUGAGUUCUUGUGAUGUUCCCCCAUUUUACACCCUACAUCUCUUUUGCUUUGAAUAUGUGUUCUGUGUGAAUGGCUACUUUAGUAUCUAUUGCAAUGCGUUUGCUUCAAUAAGUCUGCCUCUCUAGAUGAGGUCAUAUUUUUAUUCAUAUUUUUAUAUGAAAACUGAAAAUUCUCUUUCCUUGCUUUUACUGUAAGAUCACAUAAUGCUGUGCACAUUAAAGAAAAUGUCAUAUAAAUCAAA